AUGUAUCGUAACGCUUUGAGGACAUGCGCAACACGACGCGCCGCAACGCGCACCUUGCCCGCCGCGAGAACCUUCGCCUCCGCCUCCGAAGGCCCGGCCUUCAACUGGGAGGAUCCCUUGAACACAAAGAACCUCUUGACCGAGGAGGAGCUCGCCAUUUCCGAGACUGCUGAGCGCUACUGCCAGGAGCGCAUGCUGCCGCGUGUGCUUCAGGCCUACCGCGACGAGCAAUACGACCAGAAGAUCCUCGAGGAGAUGGGCGACCUAGGGCUUCUCGGAGCAACGAUUGAGGGAUAUGGCUGCGCAGGUGUCUCUACCGUUGCCGGCGGACUCAUCACAAAGGCCGUUGAGAGAGUCGACAGCGGCUACCGCUCUGGCAUGUCCGUCCAGUCGUCGCUUGUCAUGGGUGGCAUUGCGGAGUUCGGUACGGAGGAACAGAAGGAGAGAUUCCUACCCAAGAUGGCUACGGGAAAGCUGCUCGGCGCCUUUGGCUUGACAGAGCCCAACCACGGAAGCGACCCCGGCUCCAUGGAAACUACGGCCAAGCCUCACCCGACCAAGGAAGGCUACUACUCUCUUUCCGGUGCCAAGACGUGGAUCACAAACUCUCCCAUUGCUGACGUAUUGAUGGUCUGGGCGAAGCUGCAGGAGACGGGCAAGAUCAGAGGGUUCCUGGUUGAACGCUCUCAGUGCCCUCCUGGUACCCUCGAGACGCCGCCCAUCAAGAAUAAAAACGGACUGCGAGCUUCCAUCACGGGUAUGAUCCAGCUCGACGACGUCCCCGUCCCCAAGGAGAACAUGUUCCCCUUGGUCGAAGGACUGCGGGGCCCCUUCUCAUGUCUCAACAGUGCAAGAUACGGCAUUUCUCUCGGCGUCAUUGGCGCCCUCGAGGAUUGCAUCGCUCGUGCCAGGACGUACGCGCUCGAACGGAAGCAGUUCAAGGGCAAUCCCAUCGCAAAAUACCAGCUCGUCCAGAAAAAGCUGGCCGAUGCGGCGACGGAUGCGGCGUACGGCACCGUUGCCGCUAUCCAGGUCGGCAGGCUCAAGGACGAGGGCAAGGUGACGCCUGAGAUGAUCAGCAUGGUCAAGCGCCAGAACUGUGAUCGGGCGCUGCAGAAUGCUCGCGUGCUGCAGGAGAUCUUUGGCGGCAAUGCUGUCAGUGACGAGUAUGGUAUUGGCCGUCACGUUGCCAAUCUUUUCGUGACGCAGACGUAUGAGGGACAGAGCGACAUUCAUAGUCUCAUCCUCGGUCGUGCCAUCACUGGUAUUCAAGCAUUUGUGUAA